AUGAGUGCAACCAACCAAACCAACGUUGUAGAGUUCUACUUGUUAGGUUUCGGAAACCUUGGUAUCUUUAGGUUCCUCCUAUUCACUUUGCUUCUCGUAGUUUAUGUUGUAUCGUUGGGUGGUAACCUACUGAUCAUCACUUUAGUUCUAUUCAGUAGAUUUCUACGGUCCCCCAUGUACUUUUUCCUCAGCCACUUGUCAUUCUGUGACACGGUGUUUACUACCAACGUCUUGCCGAACAUGCUUCAAGUCAUCCUACAAGAAGGCAGUACUCUGUCGGUGGCAGGCUGCAUUGCCCAGUAUCAUGUUUUUGGCUUUUCGGCAACUUCAGAGUCAUUUCUUCUUACUAUGAUGUCCUAUGAUCGAUACUUGGCCAUAUGCAAUCCAUUACGGUACACUGCGGUGAUGAACUCACGUCUCCAGGUUCUUCUUGUGGCUUCAUCGUGGUUCUUAAGUUUGGUGGUGACCCUGAGUUCACUUCUCCUGGUAUGCAGGCUCUGGUUUUGUGGAUCCAAUGUGAUCGAUCAUUUCUUCUGUGAUAUUUCUCCUCUUUUGGAACUCUCUUGCUCGGAUACAUCUCUUGUAAAAAUCGAACUAUAUGUUUGUUCUGUCCCCAUUGUGGUGUUACCAUUUCUCUUCAUAAUGGCAAGUUACAUCUCCAUCUUCUUGAGUAUUGUACGCAUUUCAUCCUCAUCUGGGAGGCAGAAGGCUUUCUCCACUUGUAGCUCACACCUAACUGUGGUAUCCUUGUAUUAUGGGACACUAUUUGCUGUCUAUGUUGUACCCACCAACAUCUCCUCACUAAACCUCAAUAAGAUCUUGUCCCUUUUAUACACCGUGGUUACCCCAAUGUUCAAUCCUAUUGUAUACAGCCUUAGAAACCAAGAGAUAAAAACCGCACUACAGGUUCAAAUCUUAGGAAAACAUAACAGAUAUUAA